AUGACGACGGAGACGGGCCCCGGUUCGGAGGUGAAGAACACGCAGGAGGAGGCGCAGCAGCAGCAGCUGGAGAUGGCUGCGCACGGCCCCACCACCGCAGCCACCAACCCCACCGGCCGGGACGCUGAGGCCAAUGAGAAGCCUGGGGCACAGUCCGAUGCCCGAAAUAUGGAGCCGGGCACAGAGAUGGAGGAGAAGGACUACAGUGAGACGGACGGGCUCUCUGACAAAACAACCCCCAGCAAGACCCAGAAGUCACCCCAGAAAACCACCAAGAAAGUGAAGAGUGCCCUCUGCAGAGUGACCCUGCUCGAUGCCUCUGAGUACGAAUGCGAGGUGGAGAAGCAUGCCCGAGGUCAGGUCCUCUUCGACAUGGUGUGUGAGCACCUCAACCUCCUGGAGAAGGACUACUUCGGCCUCACCUUCUGUGACUCGGACAGCCAGAAGAACUGGCUGGACCCCUCCAAGGAGAUCAAGAAGCAGAUCCGCAGUGGGCCCUGGAACUUCGCCUUCACUGUGAAGUUUUACCCUCCAGACCCUGCCCAGCUCACGGAGGACAUCACAAGAUACUACCUGUGCCUGCAGCUCCGUGCGGACAUCACCACGGGGCGCCUGCCCUGCUCCUUUGUCACGCAUGCCCUGCUGGGCUCCUACGCCGUGCAGGCUGAGCUGGGCGACUAUGAUGCCGAGGAGCAUGUGGGCAACUACGUCAGUGAGCUCCGCUUCGCCCCCAACCAGACACGAGAGCUGGAGGAGCGCAUCAUGGAGUUGCACAAGACCUACCGGGGAAUGACCCCCGGGGAAGCGGAGAUCCACUUCCUGGAGAACGCCAAGAAGCUCUCCAUGUACGGGGUGGACCUGCACCACGCCAAGGACUCAGAGGGCAUCGACAUCAUGCUGGGCGUCUGCGCCAAUGGCCUCCUCAUCUACAGGGACCGGCUGAGGAUCAACCGCUUCGCUUGGCCCAAGAUCCUCAAAAUUUCCUACAAGAGGAGCAACUUCUACAUCAAGAUCCGCCCGGGUGAGUAUGAACAGUUUGAGAGCACCAUUGGCUUCAAGCUGCCCAACCACCGCUCUGCCAAGCGUCUCUGGAAGGUCUGCAUAGAGCAUCACACCUUCUUCAGGCUGGUGUCCCCGGAGCCACCCCCCAAGGGCUUCCUGGUGAUGGGCUCCAAGUUUCGCUACAGCGGGCGGACGCAGGCGCAGACACGGCAGGCCAGCGCCCUCAUCGACCGCCCGGCUCCCUUCUUCGAGCGCUCCUCCAGCAAACGGUACACCAUGUCUCGCAGCCUUGACGGAGAGUUCUCGCGCCCGGCCUCCGUCAGCGAGAACCACGACACCGGGGCAGAGGGCGAGAAGCAGGAUGAGGACGGUGAGUUUGGCAGCAGGAGACGGUCCGAGACGGAGGACGAGGAGGUGACUACCCCAACGAAAAUCAAGGAACUGAAGUUUUUAGACAAGCCAGAAGAUGUUUUGCUGAAGCAUCAGGCCAGCAUCAAUGAGCUGAAACGGACCCUGAAGGAGCCCAACAGCAAGCUGGUUCACAGGGACCGGGACAGGAGGCUGCCUUCCUCACCAGCCUCUUCCUCACCCAAGCAUGAGGAUGAAACACCAAAGGGAACCCCAGAGAAGGCCAGCGAGAGAGCGGGCUUGAGGGAGGGCACCGAGGAGAAAGCUAAGCCGCCUCGGCACAGGGCUCCUGAGAGUGACACCGGCGAUGAGGAGCAGGACCAGGAGAAAGACUCGGUCUUUCUGAAGGACAACCACCUGGCCAUUGAGCGCAAGUGCUCCAGCAUCACAGUCAGUUCAACCUCCAGCCUGGAAGCAGAGGUGGACUUCACAGUGAUCGGUGACUUCCACGGCACAGCCUUUGAGGACAUCUCCCGGAGCCUGCCUGAGCUGGACAAGAACAAGAGUGAAAUGGAAGACGAAGGCCUGGUUUCCUUCCAGCACGCUGACAAAGUAGUUCCCGGACUGGAAGAGGAUGUCAAAGGCAGCGAGAAGGUCUCCCAGCCCAGCCCAGAUGUCUCCCAGCUAGAGUCAUCAGCCCCGAAAACGGAUGCUGUGACUGUCGGCCUGGGGCCGGGCAUGAAGAAGCCUGAAGCAGACAGCUCCGCUCCCCACUGGGUCAGCACCACAGAUGCAGCCCAGGUGGAGGGAGGCACCCUGGGCAGCAGGGACGCCACAGCCACUGCUCAUGAUCACAGCACCAAGACUGGGAAAGGGGCCGUUCCCGUGACAGAACUUCGCUCCCUCUCACCGAUCACCAGCGGCUCCGCUGGGAAGGAAGUGCUCACCAGCAUAUUCACUGCCACUGCGGAAACCCUCUCCAGUUCCACCACUACCCACGUUACCAAGACUGUGAAAGGAGGGUUUUCCGAGACCCGAAUAGAGAAGCGCAUCAUUAUCACAGGAGAUGAAGACGUGGACCAGGACCAGGCACUGGCUUUAGCAAUCAAAGAGGCAAAACUACAGCAUCCUGACAUGCUGGUAACCAAAGCUGUGGUAUACAGAGAAACAGAACCUUCUCCAGAGGAAAGGGACAAGAAACCUCAGCCGGGUUGCUGCAGGUCUUCGGUGGUGGCACAGCCCAACAGACCUCUGUGUCAGAGCAGCUGA